AUGCUUAUUACCAAGGCAAUCACAACUCUUUCCAGUCUCUCUGCAGUCGCAUUUAUCUCCAUUGAUGCCAGUCCAGCAUCCUCCUCUAACAUCAAUUACAACGUCAUUAACGUAUCAAACAAUACUUACGCUAUGGGUGUCGUUGUGGACAAUGUGACUUAUCCGUUGACAUUAAGUGAAGAUGCUGAUAUACUUUACACCGGUUCUGCUCCUGUUGCUUAUUCUGGAUACAGCUAUGUUCAAAUCAACAAAGUUACCAAUGCUACUGAAAUGGAACCCUUUUUGCGUAAACCAAUUGAAACCAACACAUUCAAUGAGUUCUUUAACCGUACUUGGAACCAAUAUCAAGUAGCUACACUCCCUAAUAUCUAUGAACCAGUCAAAGAAAUCAACCGUAUCAAAACGAAUUUACACCGAGAAGGAGAAAUUGCUACUAUCCAUAUCACUGCCAACCAGACUGAAUUUGACCGUUUAGUCAACAGCAACAUUACAGAUGACUACGAACUUAAAACAACCAAACUAAGCUAUGUCAACUUGAAUGAGACAUUCUCAUUCAAACAUGUCAAGCUAUCCCUUUCCGGCCAUUUUUCUCGUCUCAUGCCUAAAGUCUCAUUCAAUCUCAAGUUAAAAAAGAAGGAUCGUCUCUACCAAUUCAGACACAUCAAACUUAGAGCCAUGAUCACAGAUCCCAGUUAUCUCAGAGAAAAGCUGUCAUACGAUGUCAUCAAAUCCGUCGGUCUCUUGUCUUCUGAAUACUCUUAUUGUCGUUUGUUUGUCAAUGGUAGACCUCUGGGUCUCUUUGGUAUUAUGGAACCCUUUCAAGACCCUUGGUUGGCCAAUUCUUUUGCUGAUGGUAACGAAGAUUAUGAGAACGGUUAUCUCUAUCAAGGCUUAAUUGCAUAUAACAUUCCAGAUUUGACCUAUCAUGAAAACAAAACCAUGUACACACUAGGAGAAUACAAAGUGAAGGUGCCUGCUCCUGGUGGUACAAAAGAAGAUUUCCAACCUUUGAUUGACUUUACAAAGGCUAUUUCCAAAGCGCCUACCAAUGGUUCAAAUGCUGUUGAAUCAUGGAACAAGAUCAUGAACAUGGAUGUUUUUCUUAGAAACAUGGCUGUAGAGAUACUUUUGGGUUUAUCAGAUGGUUUUAUCGCUGGUCACAACAACUUUUAUCUUUACAAGAACCCUUCCACAGACAGAAUGUUCUACAUUCCUGCCGACUUUGAUUUGAACAUGGGAAAUUCCAUCAAUGGCAUUUCUGGUAUGUUGACUGGUAAUUACAGUACUUUCCCCCAGAUGAAUUCCACCUAUUUGAUGGACAAGUUAUUACAAGUACCUGAAUUCAAGCAAACAUUCGAAAGCUAUUUAUUCAACAUCACUCAGAACUUGGUUAACCCUACUGUCAUGAACAACCGCAUUAAUGAUUUGUCUAAUAUGCUUAAAGAAGACGUCGCAUGGGAUCAAGACUUGGUCUAUGCAGGAUUUAAUUUCUCCAGUAUGUUUGGUGAUUUUAAAGGCAUAAAUAUGAGUGGUUCAGAUAUGCAUCUCCCUUUAAACAACAAACCUGACAAUACUUCUGCUUUUGAAUCUGCUUUGUUGAAAGUUUUCAAAGACCCUUACAUUGUUGAUUUUGGCUUGAGAAUUUUGUUCCGUGUUCCUUUUGAGACAGCUGUCAAUGGUCCAACAGGUUAUAUCUCGUUGGUUGGCAUUAAAGAAUGGGUCCAAAGGAUCAAUGAAAAUGUUUUGAAUUACUUUAAUCAUAAAUAA